UGGUGCAGCCAGUCUAGAAUCUGUGGUUGUUCAUGGUCAUCGCACAGAUGUCACUUUGCAUGUGGACGGCACAGUUGAAACAACUCAGGCAGAGGCAAAGGUUAUUAGUGAAGAGGGAUAUUCUGCCUUGAAGAUGCCAAACUUACUGGUGACUUGCAGCAAAAUAAACCGAGGAUGUUCUAUCACUGUUACUGGCAAAUACUUCAACAGGGUGGCUGGACUUUUAGGUAACUUCAACCAUGAACCAUCAGAUGACGCGCGCAGUCCUGAUGGAGAGGAUGCUUAUGACCCUGCAGACUUGGCCAGAAUGUGGGCUGUUUCCUCAUAUCCUUGCUACCAGGCAAACCAAGCAAGACAGUUGGAGAGUAUAAGUGAUGCUGAAGAUGUGAGCGAGUGUUCACAGUUGUUCCUCCAUAGUACCAGUCCCCUCAGUGAGUGUUUACGCAUAGUAGAUCCGAGACCUUACUUCACACACUGUAUUAAUGGCCAGAGUCAUCCAGCAUUUACUGAUGAAGAUCUAAAUUCUCCCUGUAUUGCCGUAUCUUCCUAUCGCACCCAGUGUUGGUCUCGAGGAAUUCAAUUGCCAGAACUGGAGAUGUGUAAACCUAAGGCCAGUGGAAGUUGUGAUAUCUCUGGAGAGAAAGUGCCCAGUGGAUGGAGACAUACAUACCAGGGUAAAACUAAAGGCUCAGCUGAUGUUGCUCUCAUAUUUGAGUUGUCCAUCUGUACAACAAACAAGGAUAUGCAAGAUCUUUUUAAAUCUAUUGUUAACCAGCUAAAGAAGAGUCAGAUACGUGAUGUCCGUUAUGCUGUGGUGACAGGAACGGCAGAGACAACAUCUUCGACAGGUUUUAUUAGCAAAAGUGAGGCAGAGGUACAUCUUAAUACUUAUGCUAGUGAUGACUCCACCUCGACCACCAAUGCUACAUCUGUUGUCUCCACAGCCCAAAACCUUGAAUGGCGCCCAGGAGUUUCUCGUACAAUAGUUCACCUAACUUGUCAAGCAUGUGCUGAAGGCGAGGCCAUAACUCAAGCUUUGCAAGCUAAUGAUGUAACAUAUCACCUUAUUACCAAAUUAAACAUCAUCAUGGCAGGACCUAGGGCAAGGAGCCAAGCAAUGGCUCGCAAGGUUUAUGGCUUUGAUGAAAAGUUUGUUUUUGGCGCAGGAGACUAUACGAAAUUCAAAGGUAGCGAGAACUUGCGGGCAGCCCUGCAGGAGCCUGAGAGUGCGUGUGUGGCGGCUGCUCAAGCAUCAGGAGGAUCAGCUUUUAACAUUGAUAAGUGGAACCCUCGCAGAACAGUGCAAGAAAAGAAAUUUUUGGGGGUGUUAGGGCAGCGUGUGGCACUAACAAGCACUGCUCCAGAGUGUCAGGAGUGCCAGUGUGUUGAUGAAGAGUUAAAAACAGUUGUUACAUGUCAAAAAUGCUCUGGAAGCCCAAUGUUCUCUCAGUUUUCACAGAGAGUGCAGGGACCAGUGAUACAGAAGAACAUCAUCACAGAAGAUAUCAAGAGAAGCUUCAAGGAUGAAUUAAUAGACAAAAAUACUGCUUUUAUAUUGCUUGGGAUAAAAUGACAAAAGUAAGUUACUGAAUGUUCUUAGUUAUAUCAUUUGCAUUUUAGAAGAUUAAAUAUUUUAAUUAGGAUAUUAGUGUAUUACAUUUAGGUGAUUUUUGUACUUCCUAUAUGCAGAAACUUGCAAAGAAUUUUUUUUGCUUGUCUUCUGCCUUCACAACAUUGACUCAAGAGCCACUUUAGUCCUAACUUGGAGUGAAAGUUGUGAGUCAGUAAACAGAUUGGAAUGUUUUUACAUUGAUUACUUGUAUUGUAGUGAUUCAGAAAUUAGUGAGCAUGUAAUGUUGAUACAGGUAUUUAUGCACUACAAAGUGUAUGUAUAGCAUAUAUAUCCAUGUAUUUUAUAACAUGUAUGCAUACAUUAUGUGUAUAAUUUUCAGAUAUGGUCCUAUGCUAUUUAUACAAAUGGUAUCCAUAUGUGUAUCUAUAGAGAGUCCACAAAUUUCUUUAUGUUCUUUAAAAGUGCAACUUAAAGUGAAUCAGUUUUUUUGCAAAAAAAUUAUGUACAGUACGUUACAAAGGUUAGGUUCUUUGCAAGAAAAUUUGGUUCUGUGCGGUUGAACAUGUGAAAUCAAGUUGUGUACCAGUUGUAGCCUCUCAGUACGGUUGUGACACUAAUCUGCCCAUCAUGAAGGUAAACCCACCUACUUGUGAGUGCCCAAGUGCUGCUGUUUUAAAUAUGGUACACACAUAAAUAAAUUACUUUAGCUUUCCUCAACAUUAAUUGUUAUCAUAAUGUACUUUGAAUAAUAACCAUUGCAGUAGUAAGUAUGGGCUAAUAAUGAUAAUAUACUCCUGUAAGUGACCUGACCUUAUAAGUGACAGAAAAAGAGUGUUUGUUAAAAACUGAUUCUUUUAAGUGAUGCUAAGAGAUACUUUGAUGAGAACUGAUCGUUGUAAGUGAUGAUAUGUGUUUGUUUUUUCUGGAACUAAAUAUUGUAAGUGUUGGCCAGUGAUUGUUUGGUAAGGACUAACUACUGUGAGGAGGGAAUGAUAUACUGUGCAUGGGUAUAGCUUCUGUUACAGAGAGGAAUUAACAGUGGACAUGACUCCCCCCCCCCCCCAACCACCACCACCACACCUACAUAACAAACUCCAGGAUCAUCACCUUAUUACAGGUAUCCCUUGCUAGAAUGAUUGAUAUCUGAAAAUUCACUUAUCCAAAUAUUCUUUUUCAACACCUCUUUUUCGCUAUCCAAAGGUGAUAUUCGCUUAUCCAAAUGUUGGUCCAGCUGAAAAUUCAAUCAUGCUCCAGACAUGGCCGGGAAUCAGCUAGGGUGACCAUUUUGGUUCCUAGAUGGAUAGGAAUGCACUUUUGCUCAAGGUGCAUAACAUCACCCUUCCUACCUCCUGCACCCUCUCAUACUUCUUUCACUUUGUAUUCAGUGCAAGUGAAGUGCUCUUUCAUUAUUUGUUUGUAUUUGUGCUAUCCUUUUGUGAAUCUAUUUUGAAUGGCAUCCAAGCAUGGCGGUGAUCCCUCUGCUACCCCCACCAUCACAAGAGACCUCAUAAAGCUGUGGUAAUUGAAACCAAACUUGAGAUAAUCAAACAUGGAGAGAAACCCAACAUAAAGUAAAUUACUAUACCAAUUGUAUAGAUAUUUUAUAAUGUCACAGGGAGAGUGCGGCUGGUCGCAGUUACAGCUCACAUAUACACACUCAUGCUCUUCAUUUUUCUUAUUUUAUAGUUUUUUCUAAACCACAUUAGAGUACAUUAUUGAAAUGAUGCACACUUGGAGCACAGAAUCCCCAGUUUUCCCGAGUUCAACCUCCCGAAUUUUUCCAGUGAGUUGAACAUUGCUAAACAGAAUAUUGACCAUCACUAAACAAGAAAGGGUGUUAAAAAUAUUAUAUCGCUAAACUGAAAUAUCGCAAAGUGAAUGAUCAUUAAACGAGGUAUACCUGUACUGUAAUUUAAUAACCAACUAUACAGUACAAGAAAACCCCAAUUUUAUACUUGAAAAAAAUUUAAUUGGUUCACCAACAAAAAUAAAUAAAUAACUAACUACAGGUGUACCCCAAUAGCCGAUGCAUAUACAGACCAGGAAGUCUUUGGUUAGUAAAUCAAAAUGGUUAUCCAAGUAAUUAAUCCCAUAGGAACAUAACAAAUUCAGGGGGUUAGGGACUGGCCUUCCCCAAAAACUCCCAUCUACCCUUGAUAUAUCUCUGUACUGCACACUGUCAAGAAAGAAAAUAAAGCAGACAUAUAAAGAAAGCAUAAUAAGCCUUAAAUAAGCAAUGUAAAGCAUAAAUAUAGACUGUUAUUUACCUGUGUUGUGGAUGGUAGAGAUGGUCUAGGGUGGCAAGUUCAAGUCUCUACCACUCUUUGUUGGUCCAUCAACACUCUUAUUAUGCCUUGUUACAUCACAUCAAACUGAGCACAAGAGGAGCAUCACAAGAAGAACUAUCACUGGGGCAUUUAGGCAUGAUUGCAUAACACGCUAAGUUGGAAAUAGUGAAAAAAACGAAGUCAGAGACACAUAGUGUAAACACUAGCAGUGAUAAGUGGGUAUGAGUAUGGGCAGUGCACAGAGCCUUAUUGUGGCAAGAAUUCACACCACGCCACAGCCCGCCAAAUUCAAAACAGUUCUGCCACUCUUCUCCCGAUCAUCGGUGGUUAACGGGACAUCGGUUUUUGGAGUACACCUGUAAAUUAGUACCUAACUCAAUAAAAAAAAAAUGUAAAUGUAAAUUUGGUACAUUACCUUAAGGGCCCAUAUUCAUAUAAACAUGAAUAGUUUUUAUAUAUGUAAUAAGAAAGAGGCGUAAGAAUAGAACUUUUGCACUGUACAGUAUAAGUGAAUUUUCAUAGUUCGAACAUUCGUACAGCUAGGGAUACCAGUACUGUUAGUCGGAGCAAUUAGUGUAGAGCAGUUCCUGGUUUGAGAGGUUUUCGUGUACAGUAGUGGGAUGAGAUCUCGUAUCCCCUGAAAAUAUUGCACAUCUACAAAAUUUUUCCAAGCACUGGUGAAUGUUUCCCUGUCUAAACUAUGCAUCUGGCAUGAAACACCAUUGCUGAAUAGGCUUAACUGCAGUUUGACAGAAACAGAGCUGUACAGUAUUAAUGCAAACUACUAUACAUGUACAGUAUAUUGUAAAUAAAAAAAAAUUAUGACUGUAUAGUACACUAUAGUAUACUGUACUGACCAGCUGGUGCUGUCAUCAUGAGCUUGUGAUGCAAGCAGGUCAAAUGGUGGCAGGUGGGCACCACAGGGUUUUUUCUGUAACUUUUGGCAUUGUACACAUGCUGGUUAAUAUACACACUCCUAGACACUAGGCUACAGUAGGCAUACACUGUCCACUCUGCUAUGUACAGAUAUACAGUACUCUCACCCUUACUGAAUAUUACAUACCUGUACAGUUAUCACUUUUUAAGUCUUAAUACUGCUUUAACUGUACUGUACAGUAUUCUUAGCUGAUUGUGUCCUAGUACAGUAAUGUUCAGUACUGUACAACACAGAUUGUAUGGGUAAAGAGCAGAGAGCAAGCAAACAAGCUUGUAAAAUGGCAGUAGAAAAUGAACCAAGCACUAAGGGUUUGAGGAGAUAGGCUGGGAGAUGCAUCUGCCAAUCACAGGCAUCCCCUGUAGUCACAUGACUUUACUAGCCACUUGCAGCGCACAAGCCUACGGCCUAAGUUCCCCAUGCAGCUAGCCCACCCUUGCGCCCAGCAUGUGUCCACGUCAGUGCAUGAUGUAAUCUCUCGGAAAUUCAUUUGAAUGCCCGAAGCAGAGAGAUCUUUCAUGAAAUUUCUAAAAAAAAAAAAAUCCCCUUCUGAAUAAUGGAAAGUUCAGAAGAUUGAAGAUUUCAGCUAACGGGGAUAUUACUGUAUUAGAAAUUGGAUACAGACUUGAUAGUUCAUGGGAGUGUUGUAACUUUGUUAAGAAUUAUAAAAUUUUAUAUGUUCUCAAAAUAUUUCAAACUACCGUACUGUACAUCUCUUUUUAAACAAGAUACCUGUACUCUAAAAGUUAGGGAGUAGAAAAUACCAAUACAUCUGGAAUACCAUGUACAGUAAGUAUGAAAGGAGCUUUUCAGGCUUGGUUUAUAAUGUACUUGUACAAACUUUGAGACAAAAUCAUAAAAAAAAAAAAAUCAGAAUGUUUGGAGCAUGUUUAUACCUUGUGCCCACAGCUUAAAUUUAGCGUGUAUGGACAUUGUCUGUUUCCGCUAACUAAAAAACACACAUCUGUAUAUAAAGUCUUUGUUUAGCAAAAUUUCACACCUAUUUAAUGAUACAGUACUGUAGAUAUUAAGCAACAUAGUGUUUUAAUUAAUUACUGUACAGUAUUUAAAAAUAUAAUACAGGUACAUCAUUAUUUGUAACACUUGAUUUUUAUGUAAAAUGGGAAAACCAGAGCUUCAAAGGUUUUAUUUUGUAAAUAAACUUCUUAAGAUUAUUAAUAAAGGGAAACAUCCACUCACUUGUGAUCAUUCAUAUAUAGAUACUGACAGUCUUGAUUACUCUGAGAAGUUAAAAACACAAAAUUAAUGGAAAAUUAUUUGAAUUUGGGGGGCAAAAAAUAUGCCUAAAAGAUUCUUGACACUACCACUCAAUAGUCAACAUUCCUCUGACACUUCCAUUCAAUAGUCAACAUUCCUAAGUCAGAUGCUAAAAUACGAUUUUUAAUAACUAAAUUCAUAAUUCACUGUAAUAUAAGGUAUGUCACACUUUUUGUGCAGAAUGGUAAUCACAUUGCCAUUGUAUCACCAUCAAUACUUUACAGCCAUUUUCCAUGCUUGCAUGGGUUCGCUGCAGUUAUAUGAUGGCAGCUUUACUGCCUUUCCGGUUGCCAUCAGUCUUACUGAAACAAAGCUUUACAGCUGGAUACCCACCCACAGGAUGGAAACUGCAGCUGAACUUAACUGUACCAUAAUAAAUAACUCAAAUGGAAAGAAA